AUGACAGAUGAAAGCUCGCCCCUUCUAGGGGGAGGAACUAACGAAAGGAGAAAAUCAUUUCGUGAACGCAUGUCGUCUUGGGAUACAUGGUGGUCAAUCAUAGUCUUUUCUAUAAUCUUUUACAUAAUUGUCAGCUGGUCCAUAUUCCUUCUACAAAGUCCCGAGCUGGGACCGCCGCUGACUGGUUCUAUGGCCCCGUGCAUUUAUGAUUUGAGAGUGAGGGGAAAUGCGCCGGUAAAUUAUCGAUACGAUUAUGAACUCUGGUUCUCUGAAUUAACUGACGAAAUUUAUAAACGUAUCGGAUACGAUAUCGAUUAUUAUCACCAAUGUGAGAAAUUAUUGUCGCCCCGGACAGAGCGUUCGCAGUUGAAAAAAACGACAAACAGUAAAGUAAGCGAUUUGCUUGAAGAGUCAUCAUAUAUCGAUUCACUGGACGAGGACAUGCACCAGUUUUACGACAAGGAUUCGCUUGAAUGGUCGGGACUCGGCGAAGAUUCCAGAGCACCGAGUCCGAUGACGCUCAAGUCAUCCAUCCCAACUCCUCCUCUGAUGAAAUCCCCCGAUGGCGGCUACUUUCCCUUUCUUUACAAAAUUGCCGAACUCACCUCGAAUUCCUACAACCCUCGCUCACCGGUUUCAUAUGAAUUACGCGAAUUGCGUUGGACACCCGAAUAUGGUGAAACAUUCCUCCUUACUUCCCGUACGGCUAUGGAUAGGUAUUGGUUCUUUAGGAUUCCGUCUGCAUAUAUUAGUUUCGGACACGUUGAUGGGCUGGCCUCUGAUGAUGUUUUGAAUUGUCAAUAUAAGCUUUCAUGGUCACCCACGUUGAAUGGACAUGUGUACAAAAAAUGCGUAAGAUCAGGAGAGAGGAAAUGGAAGCAGGUAGCAACGGUAGUCAGAGGCGAUGUUGGGUUGGAGUUUUUCGAUACAGAUGCAAGUAGAAGGCAUCAGGCUGUUGCGACUAAGUAUAAGUAUGACAAAAAAGGGUUUUGGUAUAGAACCAUUGCUGUUUAUCCUGAUGCUCCUUAUCCUGCAGUGUUAGUAUCUAUAUAUACUGCUCACCUCGAAUACCUUUUGAAUAUAUUCCAUAAGGGCCAUGGUCUUCCGGAUACCAAAAUUCAAGUGUAA